AUGAGUCCCCGCUCGUGCCUGCGUUCGCUGCGCCUCCUGGUCUUCGCCGUCUUCUCGGCCGCCGCGAGCAACUGGCUGUACUUGGCCAAGCUGUCCUCAGUGGGGAGCAUUUCAGAGGAGGAGACGUGCGAGAAGCUCAAGGGCCUGAUCCAGAGGCAGGUGCAGAUGUGCAAGCGGAACCUGGAGGUGAUGGACUCGGUGCGCCGUGGCGCCCAGCUCGCCAUCGAGGAGUGCCAGUACCAGUUCCGGAACCGGCGCUGGAACUGCUCCACGCUCGACUCGCUGCCUGUUUUCGGCAAGGUGGUGACGCAAGGGACUCGGGAGGCGGCCUUCGUGUAUGCCAUCUCUUCGGCAGGUGUGGCCUUUGCGGUGACGCGGGCGUGCAGCAGUGGGGAACUGGAAAAGUGCGGCUGUGACCGGACGGUACACGGGGUCAGCCCACAGGGCUUCCAGUGGUCGGGAUGCUCGGACAACAUCGCCUACGGCGUGGCCUUCUCACAGUCAUUUGUGGACGUGCGGGAGAGGAGCAAGGGGGCCUCGUCCAGCCGGGCCCUCAUGAACCUCCACAACAACGAGGCCGGCAGGAAGGCUAUCCUGACUCACAUGCGGGUGGAGUGCAAGUGCCACGGGGUGUCGGGCUCCUGCGAGGUAAAGACGUGCUGGCGAGCCGUGCCGCCCUUCCGCCAGGUGGGCCACGCGCUGAAGGAGAAGUUUGACGGCGCCACGGAGGUGGAGCCGCGCCGUGUGGGCUCCUCCAGGGCGCUGGUGCCACGCAAUGCGCAGUUCAAGCCGCACACAGAUGAGGACCUGGUGUACUUGGAGCCCAGCCCGGACUUCUGCGAGCAGGACACGCGCAGCGGCGUGCUGGGCACGAGGGGCCGCACGUGCAACAAGACGUCCAAGGCCAUCGACGGCUGUGAGCUGCUGUGCUGCGGCCGCGGCUUCCACACAGCGCAGGUAGAGCUGGCGGAGCGCUGCAGCUGCAAGUUCCACUGGUGCUGCUUCGUCAAGUGCCGGCAGUGCCAGCGGCUCGUGGAGCUGCACACGUGCCGGUGA